AUGAGCCUUGAUGACCUCAGUAUUACCAACACUGAGUUUCCCCUUCCCCUAGGCAUUUCCCAGGCUGUCACCGAGUCCUUCCUUGAUGAAUGCUUGGCUAGAUAUGGCCUCGCUGUUCUGCGUCCUGUCAGGGCAAUCGACAUUGUGCAGGACGACUCCGGCGUCACCGCAACCUUAGAGGUCUCUGAUGGCAACACUAAAACGAUGUGCUCCCUAUACGUCGUUGGUUGCGAUGACGCCCACAGCGUCGUUAGACAUGCUGCAGGAUUAGAGUUCGAAGGUGCCGCUUACCCGCGGGAUUUCGUGCUGUGUGACGCUCAUCUGCGCGACGCUCGCCUUGAUCUGGAUCGCCUAACCAUGUGCCUAGGCAGUAGCAGUCUGCUGGCGAUUCUACCUCUCAGGGCCAGCUUUUCCGCCUGGUCGCAUUAA